AUGCAGAAAUUCGAUUUAGAACUCUCAAGAAGAGCAAACCCAUUGCUUUUUAGUCCGGAAAGAUACGAAGAGUAUCCAUUGAAAUACGAUGAAUUGAAACAGUACCUCCUUUCACAGAACCCCUCCCAUCCUCAUCAUAACAAUAGACCAUACACCUCUAUUGAUUACUUUGACUAUCUUCUGUAUAGAAAUAAAAACGACGACUCAGAAAUAGAUCUUGAUAGAAAGCUGGUGUCUGAGUUUGCUUUAUAUUACGUUCAAAAAGAGCACUUGAACUCUGAUGACUCGGACCCCACAUUUAAUGAGUUGUUAAGGCUGCAACCAUGUUCCACAGAAUGGUAUGAAAUGAUGCUUAAAAUUUUGCAGUCACUCAAUACUACCGGGAUAAACCAGCUUACAAAAGAGAAUAAUAACCAUUUCCUGCAUACUAAAAGGGUCAGGUCUUCCACUACUUUGGGUGGCACGGACAAACUUAACAGCAGUAGUAAUCAUAAUGGCCAUGCUAAUGACGAUAAAAACGAAGUACUCCAAGAACUGACCUCUUUCUUGAUGUCAAACUCCAUUCAAAAAGGCAUCGAUAUCAAACCUAUACCAUUAGAUGACCCUGUGAAGUUUUUGAAGAAUGGCAUAAAUUCGAUUUUGGACACCUGCGUAAACUUAGAGAAAACGACGUCAUCAACACAUACUUCGCUAAACGUUGCUGCAAUUCAAGAGGAAGACUCUUGUAAAAAAGUAGAGGAAUUAGAGACAGCGUUUAGUGAUUUACAACUGGCCCACAACUUCUUAACUAAACAGUUUGAGAACGACCGUGCUGAAUACGUGCAAGAUAUUGAGAAAUUGACUCGGACGAACAGAGAAUUGCAAGAUAAAUUACUUAACUAUCACUCAAAUUUGAGUAAAACUGAAAAAAAACUGCAUGACUUAGAACAAACAAAUAAAGAACUUGAAAAAGUGAGCAACAAAUUAAAUUCUAAUAAACAUAAUAUUAGUAUAUCGUCACCUGUGAGCUCCCCGGUCACUUGGGGUCCGAGUUCACCUUCUUCCGUAGGAAGCCCCACAAGCGGUUCUGGGUCACGAUCACUUUCCAUAAUGACAAGCGAAUUUAAAAAAGUUCUUACAAGUACCCAAAGAAAAUAUGAAAAAGAGUUGUCAGAUGAGCGUGAACAUAGGUGCAGACUAGAAAGGGAAUUAGCACUGUUGAAAAGUGGAGGUGCAAAAAGUCCGAUGGUACUCAGUGGAGACGGCCCAUCAGAUAUGUUAUGA